AUGCAGCCAGCGGAGGCGGCGGCGGCGGGCGUGCCUGGGGGCGGCGGGGCCGCGGCGGUGCCCGGCUUCCUGGCCAAGCUCUGGGCGCUCGUGGAGGACCCGGGAAGCGACGACGUGAUCUGCUGGAGCCGGAAUGGACAGAACUUCAGCAUUCUGGAUGAGCAGAGGUUUGCGCAAGAAUUGCUUCCCAAAUACUUCAAACACAACAACCUGUCCAGCUUCAUCCGUCAACUCAACAUCUAUGGCUUCAGGAAGGUGAUUGCCCUGGAAAAUGGCAUGAUGACCUCUGCGAAGAACUUGGCCAUUGAGUUCCAGCACCCAUUUUUCAAGCAAGAGAAGUUCAGCUUGCUGGCAAACAUCAAACGCAAGGUGUCUGCAGUGAGAGCGGAGGAUCUCAAGGUCUGCCCAGAGGACUUGCACAAAGUGCUGUCUGAGGUCCAGGAGAUGAGAGAGCAGCAGAGCAACAUGGACCACAAGCUGGCCAACAUGAAAAGGGAGAACCAAGUCCUGUGGAAAGAAGUGGCAUCUCUGCGGCAGAAGCACAUCCAGCAGCAGCAACUCCUCUCCAAGAUCCUUGAGUUCAUACUGAAUUUGAUGAGGCGAAACUGCAUUGUGGGACUGAAGCGGAAACGAUCUCUGUCUGAUGGUUCAGGUGCCUCGCCUUCAAAAUACAGCCAUCAGUAUAUUCGAAUUCCUGUCGAAGAUUGCGAAACGGUGGGCUGCAAAGAUGCUCUCGUAAUUCGUGAGAUCACCAGUGUUCAGGAGGAGGAGGAGGACCAGGGGGGUCGCUCAGAGAGGCCACUUGCUCUAGCGCACACGAUCGAUGGGAAUUGGGGUGGCCAGCUGCCUCCAAGAGAAGGCAUAUCUCCGUGUGACGCUCCGCAGACCUUGGAGCUGGAGCUACCAGAGGUCGACUGUCCAGUUCAGCUUGUGGACAACCCUGUGGGGGGCAGUGUGGAAGAGAGCAGUGCUCUGGAGCUGCAUUCUGCACAGCCCAGUGUGACAGAAGACCCUGCUGCAGUGAUUGCUUCCAUCUUGGAUGAAAACCAGACAGUGGUGCAGAGCGGCCCCAUGCUGGAGAGGGAGGAGAUGCAAGACUUCUUGAACUGUAUUGAUGCAAGCCUCGAGGAACUUCAGGAAAUGCUGUCUGGAAAGAAGAUCAGCUGCAGCUCAGAAACACUUGCCAAUCCCUUCAGUCCUGAACUUCCUGGGUUGGAUGGCAGCUUGACAGAAGAGCCCCCCGAUUUUGACUGUAUGGAGUAUUUGCCAGAAAGUAUAGACACUGUUGAGACAAACGAGCACCAGACACCAGGGAAGAAAGACAUGCAGCUGAUCCAAUACAGGGGGAACCCCUUGCUUUCGUUACUUGAAGAUGUUCCUUCAAGUGAGGUUGUGUGCAAGGUGGAGAACACCAAUGAUGUCCUCCUGGCUUCACUGGAGGACAGACCUCCCCCUCCUCUUCCUUCCGGUGGUGAGGCCGCUGCUCAUCACUUUCCGGAUCCGGCUGCUGAAGGCCCUGGGCCACAGCCACUAGACCCGCCACUUCUCCCUGAAGACGUGAAUGGAGAAUAUAAGCUUUUUCCACUCCUGCUUCUCAGCCCAGUCGCAAACUUCAUAGAAGAAGCGUCUGAAAUCAAGCCGCUUGAACCGGACAAAGAUCUUCUGGAAACGGCUUCCCAGCUGUAGAAUGU